GAGUGGCCAGCUUACUGUCAGUCACUGGCGGUUACCAAAGAAAAUGGGCGUAUUCAAGUUACAAGACAUCCAAUAGCAAGCCACGCUGCUUGUGUCACCAUGGUGACUGGGCUGUACCCAGGGAGGUUGUGAUGGGUUGACAGGUGCGUGACAAUCGGAGCUCUCUGCAAGCAUGUACGCCAAAGGCAAGAGUAACAACGUGCCGUCCGACAGCCAAGCCAGAGAAAAGCUCGCUCUCUAUGUGUAUGAGUAUCUGCUUCACGUCGGGGCACAGAAGUCAGCACAGACCUUCCUCUCAGAGAUCCGAUGGGAGAAGAACAUCACGCUUGGAGAGCCCCCAGGGUUCCUCCACUCUUGGUGGUGUGUCUUCUGGGACCUGUACUGUGCAGCGCCGGAGAGGAGAGAGACAUGUGAGCACUCCAGUGAGGCCAAGGCCUUCCAUGACUAUAGUGCCGCAGCUGCCCCCAGUCCUGUCCUUGGGAACAUUCCCCCAGGAGAGGGGAUGCCAGUGGGACCCGUACCUCCAGGAUUCUUCCAGUCGUUCAUGUCACCUCGUUACCCUGGUGGACCCAGACCCCCCCUCAGAAUACCCAAUCAGGCGAUGGGGGUCCCUGGUAAUCAGCCUAUGCUACCUAGCGGAAUGGACCCAACACGACAGCAAGGUCAUCCGAAUAUGGGAGGACCCAUGCAGCGAAUGACUCCGCCUAGGGGGAUGGUCCCUCUGGGACCGCAGAACUAUGGUGGAGGGAUGAGACCUCCUCUAAAUGCGCUGGUUGGGCCUGGGAUGCCUGCAAUGAACAUGGGCCCUGGUGGUGGUAGACCGUGGCCAAAUCCUCCAAAUGCCAACUCGAUCCCCUAUUCCUCUGCAUCUCCUGGGAGUUAUGUGGGUCCACCAGGAGGAGGGGGACCACCUGGUACUCCAAUAAUGCCCAGUCCAGCAGACUCAACUAACUCCGGUGACAACAUGUACACCAUGAUCAACACAGUCCCCCCUGGUGGAAACAGGCCAAAUUUCCCAAUGGGUCCAAACACAGAUGGUCCAAUGGGAGGGAUGGCAGGAAUGGAGCCACAUCACAUGAAUGGGUCUCUAGGGUCUGGGGACAUGGAUAGCCUGCCCAAGAACUCCCCUGGUAAUCUAAGUAUGAGUAAUCAGCCUGGGACCCCGAGAGAGGAUGGAGAGAUGGGAGGGAACUUUCUCAACCCCUUUCAGAACGAGAGCGUGAGUCCAACCACCCUCAGAGUAUUCUCCAAACAUGACCAUGAGUGUGUGAAGGCUCCACCCAUUGCUCAGUCAGUUGUGUGGAUCUGUGGAAAGCACAGACAGGAUGUGAUGUCAUCUAAGCCCAGUGGCUCUUCCUCUCUGUGCCCUCCCUACCAGGACAGUGGACCCAGGCCUCGUUCUCCCUUUGGACCUCCCUCUCUCUUUCUCUCUGUGUCUUUCUUCCUCUCUUUGUCUGUCUCUUUGUUUUUGUCUCACAAUCUGUGUUUGUCCUGUUCUUAUAUUCUGUUUCCUCUUCUUCACAUGUGACCUUUUACUUUGUUCAUCAACUCCUGCCACAAGAGAAAAAUGUAAAUUUGAACAAACCAAGGAAUACAAAUCUCUGUAUAUUAAUAAAUGAAUGUCAGUGUCAACACUAUCCAUUUGCUAACACUGAAAUAUAUACCAUGCUCCACUAUCUUGUGGAAAAGACUUAUAUCCCUCAAAUGUAAAGGAAUCUGAGGGGAUUGCACCCAACCUACUGUCAUGAAUCUUUUUUGAUGGACAUGGCAUCCACUGUCUAUGCUUGGAAGAAUGAUAUUGAGAAGGCCACUGGAGUCUCGUAUGAUAUACAGGAACCUGGGAAAAAGCCUGUGUAAUGGUAUAAUGCAGUCUCAUUGGAUAUACAACCAGGGGCAACAGCUUCAGUGUUAGAAAUGUUGGUCCUAGUGAACAUUCAUCAAUCAUUAAACUUUCAUCUGUAUACGCAUAUCUUAUAUGCUCUGUUUACUGCACAGAGAGAAAGAGAGAGAGGAAAUGAGUAAGAAUGAGAGACUUAGAUAUGAGCCAUAAAUUCUGAUAUUAUACAGGACAGGUAUGGGCUAAGGAUUCAGUUUUCAUUGGUUGCUUGGUCAGUUGAUUUGUUGGUUGAUGGAUUGGUUUGUUGAUUUGGUUGGAAGUUUGAUUUGAUUAGUUGGUUCCAUUAUUGUCUGAUUUGUUCGGUUGUUUGAUUUGGUUGAUUGGUUUGUUGGCUGGUUGUUGGAUUUUCUUAUGUUUUGAAUGGUUUGAGAAUGUACUCCUGCUUGUUGCAUUACAAUGUAAGUUGUAAGUGUACUGAUCGGAGAGCAUGGUAAGAUUUAACAUGGUAUCCAUUCCUGGGAGUAAUGUUUGUUUCUCAUAUCUAUUCAGUGUCUUGACCAAAAGCAUCAACAUCUAAACAAAUACAAAUUCAGCAAUCUAAUGAUUACACAUCUAAGAUGGAGAGAACAAAGAAAAUAUAAGUUGUUUGUCUGUUUUCAGGUUUUCUACCUUUUCAAAAGAUGCAAUGUCUAUGAUGUUUCUUUUGUUUGAUGAAGAUCGUAAAAUGAAUUAAAAAGGAGCCAGAAAGGGCAGCAAUUGUUGACAAUGGUUGACAAUGGUUGUAGGGAUAUUUGUGUGAAGGUGUUCUUAAAAACAUGCAGUUAAAACAUUUUGUUUUUAUUUAUUCUUGUCAUCCGGACAAACUGUGAUUUUAAUGUAUUUUGGAGAGUAUGUGUGGAAGUAAAAUAGUAGUGUUUUGUAUUGUUUUAAUCAUCCCAAUCCUUAACCCAUGUUAGAUUAUGAUAUUAAUUACAAUCACAUGGAUUUGGAAUUUUUGUUUCCCUUCCAUUGCUCUACCUGCAAAAAUCACAAAUCUGACCCAGUUUAAUUUCUAUUCUAACAAAUGGAGGGAUAGAAAGAGAGGAGGAAGAUCACCUAUGGCAGGGGUUCUCAUACUUUGGGGCCAUGGACACAUUUUGAGACUAAUCAGGGAUUCAUCAGGGACCCCCAAAUAAUUGAGAAACAACUGCGGUGAGUUAAGCAGUUUGAAUGAAUGAAGUCUUUGAAAGGAGCAUGUUAAAGGGAAUGGAUAUAACAUUUAGCAAUUUUAAUGUUAAAUUCCUGCAAUCCUACUUAUGUUGUUAUGAGGCAUAGAUAAAGUUUAUAUCACAAUGAAUUUAUGAAUGAUCAAUAAUCCUGUGAACUUUCAAGGCCCUUACAAAACUGUUAAUUAAUAAUUUUAUAUUGUUUUUUAUUACACCAAGCAAUUCCACGGAUCACUUGGCCAAAGCCUAUUUAAUAUGUUGUUGUUGUUGUUAUUGGUUAUAAUAAUAUCAUUUUUGAUAUAGAAAUUGUUUUUACUCCCAAUAAAUGUAUUCCAUGGUUUUCUUGGCCAAAGUCCAUUGGAAAUGUUGUUCUUGUCAUUGGUAAUUAUAGUGCUAUUUCUUAUAUAUUUUUCUAAUUUACAUUUUGUGUUUGUGUAUAUAUGUUGGACCUAUGCCCUCUACCCACAGUUUGAGAACCCCUGGCCUAGAAGACACCAUUAGAGAGCUUUGUUUUAAUGUUAAAGUCACAAGUGUAAAUACUGAAAGAUGCAUUUGUAAAUUUGAACUUUCCACAGUUGUUAAUUAUUCCACAUUUUGGUUAUGUUUGAUUACAUUUGUAAUGUGUUAAAUUUCUUUCCCUUUCAUUCCUUUUUUUUUUUACCUUGUGUUAUGUUUUGUAAAUACACUGAGAAGUACUACCUGGGUUUUCAAUAUGCUGGUAUAAAGCUUCUCUUCAUUCA